UGUCUCUCAGGGCUGUGACGUGAGCAGUGUGGCCGGUGCCCCUUGCAGCCAGCAGGAGGAGCAGGAGAAGAAGUAGAGGGAGCGGGGAAGGAAAGGACUAGAGAAGGAAGGAGAGUAAGGAAGGAGAGUAAGGAGGGAGGGUGGGAGUUAUGCGAAGACGGAGGAGGCUUGUGGAGAACAGUUUUCAACAAGGAGCUGCCCAGCAGCAGCGUCUGCUCCAAAGAAAGUGUCAGGCAUAAAGAAGGCGCCGGAGUCCUGUAGUAUCGGCACAGUUCGGCAUCAUCUUCCCACAGAAGGAACAUAACCCCCCCCCCCCCCCACAAGCCCCUGACUUCUCACUUCACUUGUCGCCUCACUUUGCCUCAUACAGGUUCAGUCCCUCUACUUCUCUCAACAUUGUAACCUUUUCGCUUCCCCUUUGCUUCAAGCUCUUCUCGUCUUGUGUGGCUGUUCAUCUGGGCUGGGAGCAUGGCUUCAUCUGCCAGCGGGAUGGAGGAGGUUCGUUCUUCUGUUCUGACCCCUCUGAAACUGGUGGGACUGGUGUGUAUCUUCCUGGCCCUGUGUCUGGACAUCGGAGCCGUUCUGAGCCCAGCCUGGGUGACGGCGGACAACCAAUACUACCUGUCUUUAUGGGAGUCCUGUAAGAAAUCAGAAAACCGCUGGAUGUGCGAUUCCACCCUGCACAGCGACUGGCAGAUUGCUACUCUUGCCUUACUUUUAGGCGGUGCUGCUAUCAUACUAAUUGCCUUCCUUGUGGGCCUGAUCUCCAUCUGCGUGGGAUCCCGUAGGCGGUUCUACAGACCGGUGGCAGUGAUGCUUUUCGCAGCAGUUGUUCUCCAGGUCUGUGGUCUUGUAUUGUACCCAAUCAAGUUCAUCGAAACAGUCACUUUAAAGAUAUACCAUGAAUUCAACUGGGGGUAUGGACUGGCCUGGGGUGCAACUAUUUUUUCUUUUGGAGGUGCCAUACUUUAUUGCCUAAACCCCAAGAAUUAUGAGGAUUACUACUAAACCUGUGCUGUAUAUGAAGAAAUGCAAAACUGGACUAUUUAACUUUUUUUUCUAUCUCCGUUUUCUAGAACACAUAUGGAGCAUAACGCAAUCUGCAGAGUUGAUUAAAUCACUUUUGCCUUUCAGCUGCCAAUAGUAUAACCAGCUUUAUUCCACUUACAAAAAUUGCUGAAUAUAAAGCAAAGAGUGGCGAAAAGAAUCCAUGGAUAACUGCAUAGGUGACCGCUUUAAUCUUUUGCUAUCUUAAGAGACUACACAAACAUAAUCAUGGUAUAUAUAGUUAAUUGAAAAUAAAAUGACAAUAACCACCAAACGCAUCUGCCGCAAGAUCUGUAUAAAAUGUUACAACUGCAUUGUGCUGCUAAGAUUUGCUCAAGACUUUGGAUUUGGUCAAUGGAGAGCCUAAAAUGUUAUUUGAAAAAGAAAAAAAGGACACUUCAGAAUAUUUGCAUAGCACUUAUCCAACAAAUAUACAGUACAAAUUUAAACUAACAUUAAAGGGAUAUUGCUUGCAGUUUUUACAAAGCAGAAGUUAUGUAUUUGGCAUGAGCCACUUGGAAGAAAAAAAGAUAAAGUUUUCUGUUACUGAGCAGAUUUUGAAAUGGAGUUCUAUUUUCUCUAUUAUCUCUACCCUAGCCAGGGCGAGAACAAAUACCCACUUUAAUUGUAGGGAAACCUGUUUAGUAUUAAUCUACAUGGUAGGCUUCUCUAUAGAAGAGAUUAAAGAUAAUUUAGCAUUUGCUUAAAAAAACUACUAUUUUUAAAGAAAAUAUGUGUUUGUCACAGUGUGUUUUGAAUGUUUUAAUUAUAAAUUCCUGGGAAUUUUAUUCUAGAUUGUAGCAGACCGACAAGACCAAAAAUGAAGUGCACUAUUCAUUUUUUAACAUUUGUGUUUAAUGUACUGUGCUGAUGCACAAAAGUGAGAAAUACAUUAAACAUAUUCAUAUAUGUUCCAUACAUAUUUUGUUAGUGUAUACAUUUUCAUAAAGCAGCAUGUAGGUUUACAGAGAGGUGGGCAAAUAGAACCCAACAUCCAUACCCUGGAAAAUAAAUAUAAAAAACAGCAAAACCUCUAAAAAUAAAACAAUAUGUGAUUUAAUCUUUACUUAAGAACUAUCUGGGGGGGGGGUAAGUAAAUCAGUGCAAAUAUAAUAUAUCAUAUAAUACUUUUCAGCACUAAAUCAUAUCUAGAAUACUUGUAUGACUAAAUAUACUGUAUGUAUAGGGUAGUGAUUUUUAAACUAACUAAUGGUUUACAAGUUUAUCAAUGGAAAUUCCAUGUAGUUAAAGCUGGGCGAUUAGUUAGGCUGCCACUUUUUUUUUCUAACAUAAUGAUUUAAUUGAAAAUACAUUUGUAGUCGUGCCAAGUUUAUGCAAGAUAAGGGGAUUAAGGGGGUUGUUUAUCAAUAUUAAUAUUUUUCCCACAGUUCAAUUUAUUUGAGUUUUUAAUUUUUUUGAUCAUUUAAACUCACUAAAAUAAUAAAUAAACCACAAUUUAAGGUAUUCAAGUUUUUUUCCCCCACAAUUGUAUAUUGUUUUUUUAUAUUCAGAUUUUAUAAUAAAUAAGGUAACUUUUGUGUUUUUAUAAAUUGUGAGUUUGUUAAAGGUAGAAAAACAUCCACAUUUUGAUAAGUGGGCCUCCUUGUGAAUAUUUAUCAACAAAAAUACCCCCUCCAAAAAAGGCAAUAAUAAAAUUUUGUUUUAUCAAUUGACAUGAUACAGUAUAAUUGAUUCUAGGCCAAUUUCCUCUUUGAUAUGACCAGCAUUCAUAUUGUACGGUACAAUGCAGAAAUUAGACUAAUGCCACUCUGAAUCAAUCUAGGAAUUAUAUGGUUAACAAUUAUCAUAUCUCUACAGUCAUGUCAAUGUUUUUUCAUGUUUGUAAUUCAUUCAGAAUAGCAUGUACAUAUUUAUGUAUUGAUUAGUUUACCCCAUAAGCUCAGUUAUAGCCUUAGUAAUCAUUUAAUUUACCAUAACUGAAUUCAUUACAGAGUGUUUUUCUUUAGAGAUUCAUUUAGUAUUAGAUAACGUUUAAAACAAUUUUCCCAAAGCAUAUAAAUAUAUACAGUAUAUAUAUAUAUAUAUCUAUAUACGUAUAUAUAUGUAUAUAUAUAUAUAUAUAUAGUCCACAAAUCCACACAGAUUGAUUGCUGUCAGGUGCUGUGCUGUGGUUGAAGUAUUCACAAAAGCAAAAGGUAGCACGCACUCCGAUUAUCUGUUCUCCAAUAUUUAUUAAAGUACUACGGUAAAUCUUACAUCAGGUAUACAUCUAUGUUUCGGUUGUGUUCUAAAACCUUUCUCAAGAUGUGUUACCGAAAAAAUUUAAUGACAAUAAGAUAGACAAAAUUCAAACAAAAUUUAAAAACUACAUAUACCUGCCCACUUAGUGACAUCAUUUUCUCUACAUACUAAUUAUUCAAACACUUGUGAUUAACCUGAAAUGGUCCAAAUUGCAAAUAGUAAAUAUUGGAGAAAAGAUAAUCGGAGUGCGUGCUACCUUUAUAUAUAUAUAGCCUCCCAUUUGUUACCAGGCUGAGGUUUUUAUUGUGGUUCCCAAUGUGGUUAAUUAAAGCCAAAAGUUAUGAUCCAAUUACCUUGUCCAUGCUUAAGAGGCUAAAUUGCUAGAUUUCCAGUGUAUUAAUUAGUCUUUUUUUGUGGUUUAUUAUUAUCCCAGCUCCCAUUCUUGGAUUUUUACAUAGAGUAUUCUCUUUUGUUUGUUCCAUCUAGGAAGAGUACAGCCUCUUUUAGUAAAUAUUAAUAGCUAUAAAUCAUACGUUGGGUUAAUAAAUAUUUAAAUAUUAAAGUAAAUCUAAAUAGUACAAA